UGCCCAUGGCAGCCAUAGUUUAUUUGAGAUGCAGAGAAAGUUGUAGAUAUCAGUAACUUCAUUAUGUGAAAUCAAGCUUCAAAGAGGAAAUUUUUCCUAAAAGAGUGAUAAAAGAUGUCCAUGACAAACAAGCAAUCUCACCGCUCAAGCUCAGAGGGUAAACUUCCUCGCCUUCCACCCAUUGCUGCUCCAACUUCAACCAGCUCAAGGUUUGACAAAAGUCAUCUAAGAACACACAGGAGAAGUGAAAACAUGCAAGGGCUCUUGACAAAUAAAUUGUAUGAAAUAGCCUUUAAAGGCAAAGAAGAUACAGAGGAAAGUCUGAAGAGAAGGCCUAUAUUGGCUGGGGAACCUGAAAUGCCCUCUCAAAUGAUGAGCACUGAACGGCGAACACGACUAAACUACCAAUUCAUGAAGAAGUGUGUUCAAGAAGGCCCUGUGACAUCAAUGGCGAAUGAGUGGUGGGAUACCAUCUUAACUAUGAUUCCAGCAAAAUUGGUAUUAUCUCCACAACUACAGCCAAACAUCAAGGAGUUAUAUGAUGAAAUCAUUGCUGAGUAUGACGCCAGUAUCAGAAAGGCAAUGGUUCAACAUAUCCUGGUUAAACCAAAGGUAAAAGGAGUUGAAGCUGAUGAAGAUUUACCAGAUGAAGUCCUUGGAAUUGACUAUUCCAGUCCAUGGAGAGAGAGUUUCAAUGCUGCCCGAGAAUCAAUUAAGCAAAAUCUACACAUUUUACAUCCUUCAAUGCAAACAAUUUUGGGAAUCUGUCAGAGUAAGAAUUACUCAACCAUGCUGAUAACUGAUCAGUCCAAUCUGAGAACUCAAGGCUCUAUUGAAUGUGAGCACCUCAAGAAUAAUGUAACCCUUGAUUGUGAGAAGACUGAAGAAAAGCUAAUGCAUAGCUGGUUCCCAGAAGUGGUGAAUGUUUUUAUUGACAAAGAUAUGCUGAAGCACAUGAGCUCUUCACAAGUUGAUGCCUUUUACAACAGUGUCUCUACACUUAUUUCUAACCAGCUAAAGGACCUCAUAAACAGAACCAUAACUGAAUGGACAGAUCUGUUUCAUGAGAACAGCAAAAGUUGUCUUCCACUUUUCAAAAUGGAAUUGAUCUUGGAUGAUGACGACCACAUGCAGUUCUAUCCUGCACUUGAUGAUGUCGAGGCAGCAGUAUUGCAUGUCAUAUCCACAGUUACUAGAACCAUGCAGCAAGUUCCUACGGUACAGUCAUGGUUGGCAGGGGGAAACACGAUGACUCGUGUGGAUGCUGCUGUGGAUAAUGAUGUUCUGUUCAGAUGCACUAAGUUCCUUAAGGAUGCAGUGAACUUUAACUUACAGCAGCCAAUUGAGUACCUGCAUUCCUUUGAUAAGUAUAGUGCUCUGGUCAGUGGGGAAUCCUCAGCUCAUGUGGAGCAGUUCAUUUCAUCUGAAAACUCCUUUGAAAAUUACAUACAGGAAAUUGAAAAGUUUCGUUCCCUUGCUUGGGAAAUAAGUUCACUUCCAACUGUGGCACAUUUUGACAUGGUUCAGUUAGACUGUGAUGAUUUGAAGAGAGGCCUGGCUACCAAGGCUAAUCGUUAUGCAGAUCAACUGCUUCAAAGGCUGGCUGAAGAACACCGCACAGAAAACAGAAGAAUCAUCUCAGAAUUUGAAUCUGUAAGAGAACGAGCUCUUACAAAACCUGAGGACACUCGUGAGAUGAUUGACAUGCUGAAGUUUGUUGAGGAAGCCAAGUCAAAGAUCCUUGUCAAACUUGACAGUGACAUCAAGGAGUCAUUCAAUCGACUAUCUUAUCUAUUGGAUGUUUUUACAUUCACACAAGAAGAUGUGAGCCUCAACUCUGAAGUUCUAAACUGGCCAAAAAAUAUUGCCCCAAUCUUUGAUCAAAAUGAUGAGAUUAUGGUAGCUGCUCAGAAGAGUAAUGAAAGUGCUUUGAUGGAAAAAAGGGAGAAAGUUAUGUUGGAGCUGGACAAAAUCAAGAGGCGUGUGGAAGAGUUUAAAGAGUAUGGAGAUAUGGACAUGAUGAUGCAGUACGUAAAGGAGGUCCAGUCAGUUCAGAAGAAACUUAGUGAAUGUGUGGAUGCUAUUGGUUUCAUCAAUGAGGAAGAAGAUUUAUUCAAAUGGGAGCAAACAUCUUAUCCUGAAGUAGAAACUAUCACUAAAGCCAUUGAGCCUUACCAAAAGCUGUUUACAACAACUGUAAAAUGGCAAAGAGCUGAGAAAAAAUGGAUGGAUGGAGCCUUUCUUGAACUGAAUGCGGAAGCCACAGAGGCAGAGGUUGAGGAAUAUGGUCGUGAGAUGUACAAAAUUACAAAAGUGUUCCAAUCAAUGAAGAAAGAGGCGGAGAAAGAAAAGAAAGGUAACAGAAGAGUUAAGGAUUCCAAGGAGAAAGAGGAGCCAGGAUCAGAAAUUGCUGCUUUAGUAGUUUCUCAUGCAGUACAGCAACAGAUCAGGGAAUUCAAGGAUCACAUUCCUGUUGUAAGUGUUAUGUGUAACCCUGGAAUUCGUUCUCGGCAUUGGAAGGCUAUGUCAGACAUCAUUGGAUUUGAUAUCACUCCAGACUCUGGAAGCACAUUACGCAAGGUCCUCAAAUUCAAUUUAAAGCCAUUCAUGAAUGAGUUUGAGGGCAUCAGUGCAGGGGCUAGCAAGGAAUUUUCAUUGGAGAAAGCCAUGCAGAAGAUGGUAGAUGAAUGGGACAGUGUUUUGUUUAAUACCACUGAAUAUCGAGAUACUGGCGUGUCUAUCCUGGCUGCUGUUGAUGAAAUACAGACCACACUUGAUGAUCAAAUUGUUAAGACCCAGACCAUGAGAGGAUCUCCCUUCAUCAAACCAUUUGAGGCAGAAAUAAAGGCAUGGGAAGAACGCCUCUUGAAGAUGCAGGAAAUAAUUGAUGAGUGGCUUAAAGUUCAAGCACAGUGGCUUUACUUGGAGCCUAUCUUCAGUUCUGAAGAUAUUAUGCAGCAGAUGCCAGAGGAAGGACGCAAGUUCAAGACUGUUGACAGGAACUGGAGGGACAUUAUGAAUUAUGUGUGCAAAGAUCCCAAGGUGCUUUCAGCCACAUCGAUGCCAAGUAUGUAUGAAAGAUUGAAAGACAGCAAUGACUUACUUGACCAGAUUAACAAAGGAUUAAAUGCCUAUUUGGAAAAGAAAAGAAUUUUCUUCUCCAGAUUUUUCUUUUUGUCGAAUGAUGAGAUGCUGGAGAUUUUGUCAGAAACAAAGGAUCCUUACAGAGUUCAGCCUCAUCUAAAGAAAUGCUUUGAGGGGAUUGCAAAGUUAGAAUUUACAUCUGCCUUGGAUAUUACACAUAUGUACAGUAGUGAGGGAGAAAAGGUUCCCCUCAGUGAUACAAUAUCUACAUCAGAAGCACGAGGUGCAGUAGAAAAGUGGUUGCUUCAGGUCCAGGAUAUCAUGCUUGUCAGUAUCCAUGACAUCAUUGAACGAGCUGUACAGGCAUAUGUAACAGAUGACAGGAAAGUGUGGGUAUUGAGUUGGCCUGGACAGAUUGUUAUCUGUGUGAGCCAGAUAUAUUGGACUCGAGAGGUGCAUGAAGCAAUUCGCUCUGGACCCCAUGGACUGAAAGAAUACCACGAGAAACUCACCCAACAACUUUCAGACAUUGUGGUCCUUGUUCGUGGUAAGCUUUCAAAGCAGAACAGGACCACCCUGGGAGCUCUUGUAGUAAUUGAUGUUCAUGCAAGAGAUGUGGUACAUGAUAUGGUAGAGAAAGGUGUCUCUCAGGAGAAUGACUUUCAGUGGUUAUGCCAGAUGCGCUAUUACUGGGAACAGGACAAAUGUCUAGUGAGAAUCAUAAAUGCAACUGUACGGUAUGGUUACGAGUACUUGGGCAACUCUGGCAGGCUCGUCAUUACACCACUGACAGACCGUUGUUACCGUACGCUUGUGAGUGCUUUUCACCUGAACCUUGGAGGAGCGCCAGAGGGUCCAGCUGGUACUGGCAAGACAGAGACAACCAAGGACUUAGCAAAAGCCCUUGCAAUACAGUGUGUAGUGUUCAACUGCUCUGAUGGCUUGGACUACUUACAAAUGGGCAAAUUUUUUAAAGGGUUGGCAUCCUGUGGUGCAUGGGCAUGUUUUGAUGAAUUUAAUCGCAUUGAGUUGGAAGUGCUCUCAGUGGUAGCUCAACAGAUUUUGUGCAUUCAGCGUGGUAUAGCUGCUCAUCAAGACAAGUUUGUGUUUGAAGGAACAGAACUGAACCUUAACUCAAACUGUUUUGUGGCAAUCACUAUGAAUCCUGGGUAUGCAGGGAGAUCAGAACUGCCUGACAACCUCAAGGUGCUGUUUCGUACUGUAGCCAUGAUGGUACCAGACUAUGCAUUGAUUGGGGAAAUCAUGUUAUACUCCUAUGGAUUUGUAGAUGCCCGCAAUCUGUCAGUGAAAAUAGUUACCACCUACAAAUUGUGCUCAGAGCAGUUGUCAUCCCAGUUCCACUAUGACUAUGGUAUGCGUGCUGUGAAGGCUGUCUUGGCAGCAGCUGGCAAUCUGAAACUCAAGUAUCCAUCAGAUGAUGAAAAUGUCCUGUUACUGCGUUCAAUAAUGGAUGUCAAUCUACCAAAGUUUCUCUCUCAUGACAUUCCAUUAUUUGAAGGGAUCAUUUCUGACCUUUUCCCUGGGGUAUCUCUCCCUAAAGCUGAUUAUGGCACCUUCCUUGAGACUGCAAAAGAGAUAUGUGACAAGAAAAAUCUCCAAAUGGUGAAUUUCUUCAGUGAAAAGAUUAUCCAAACUUAUGAAAUGAUGAUUGUUCGUCAUGGCUUCAUGAUGGUGGGUGAUCCAUUUUCUGGGAAGACACAAGUACUACAAGUACUGGCUGAGACAUUAAAUGUACUAACAGAUAGAGGUUAUGAGGAUGAAAAUGUUAACAAGGUUUGGUUUCGUGUCAUAAACCCUAAAGCUAUCACUAUGGGACAAUUGUUUGGCCAAUUUGACCCAGUUUCACAUGAGUGGACGGAUGGUAUUGUCGCAAACACUUUCCGCGAGUAUGCAGCUGAUCAAACUGAUAUAAAGAAAUGGGUUAUUUUCGAUGGCCCCAUUGACACCUUAUGGAUUGAGAGCAUGAACACUGUUCUAGAUGACAACAAAAAGCUGUGUUUGAUGAGUGGAGAGAUUAUACAGUUGUCAAAUGUCAUGAGCUUGAUUUUUGAAUGCAGGGACUUAUCUCAGGCUUCUCCUGCCACUGUGAGCCGCUGUGGUAUGAUCUACCUGGAGCCAGCUUCUUUAGGCUGGGAACCUGUGCUUCAAUCCUGGUGUAACACCUUGCCUGAGGUCCUUAACAAUGAAAACAGAAAACUUAUUUUGGCUCUCUUCCACUGGGCUUUGCCAGCUGGCAUCAGUUUUGUUCGCAAGAAUUGCAAGGAACCUAUAUCCAUGCAAGACAGUAAUCUAGCACGUUCUCUGAUGAACCUGGUGGAAAUCCUAAUGAAGGAUAUUCCAGAGGAGGAUAACAAAUAUGCAAAAUCCUGGUUGAUCAGAAAGGGUCGAGGAAACUGGAUUCCAUGGACAAAAACCAUCAAGGAAGGUGUGGCAGGUGGGAAGGGACAGCAGAUAAGUGACAUCAUUGUCCCUACUAUGGACACAGCACGCUAUUCAUACCUAAUGGAAAUCAUGUUUAACAACAAUAAACCCCUCCUUUUUGUUGGUCCAACCGGAACUGGAAAGUCAGUUUAUAUCAAGGACAAACUCAUGAAUGGCAUCAAUAGGGAUGUGUUUAUUCCUGCCUUUGUAAAUUUCUCUGCCCAGACAAGUGCUAAUCAAACUCAGGAUAUCAUCAUGUCAAAAUUGGACAAGAGGCGAAAAGGUAUAUUUGGACCACCAGUUGGAAAAAGAUUUAUAAUUUUUGUUGAUGAUGUGAAUAUGCCUGCACUGGAAAAGUAUGGUGCCCAGCCUCCAAUAGAACUUCUUCGUCAGUAUUUGGACCAUGGCAACUGGUAUGACAGGAAGGACACAUCUAAAGUGACCUUGAUUGACCUUCAGUUUGUGUGUGCAAUGGGUCCCCCUGGUGGUGGUAGAAACCCUGUCACUCCUCGCUUCUUGCGACACUUCAAUGUAGUAUCAGUUGCAACAUUUGGUGAUGACACAAUGCAGAGGAUCUUCUCCACUAUUGUUAACUUUUAUUUCAGGAACAAUGAAUUUCCUAAUGAUGUCUAUGCUAUGGGAACUAUGAUAGUUGGUGCCACAAUGGAGGUGUACAAACAAGCCAUGGUGAAUCUUUUGCCAACUCCGGCCAAGUCCCACUACACAUUCAACUUAAGAGACUUCUCCAGAGUCAUCCGUGGGGUUCUCCUUAUCAAAAAAGAUGCCCUAGCUGAUAAGAAGACUCUGAGCAGACUGUGGGUCCAUGAGGUGUACCGUGUCUUCUAUGACCGUCUGGUUGAUGAUAAUGAUAGGGCUUGGUUACACAGUUUGCUCAAAACAGUUACCAAGGAACAUUUGAAGGAUGAUUUUGACUCUUUGUUUAAACACUUGUCAUCAGAUCAGAAAACGGCAUCUGAAGAUGACUUGAGAAGCUUGAUGUUCUGUGAUUUUCUCAAUCCUGAUGUGAUGGGCGAGGAUCGUAUGUAUCAAGAAGUGGACUCGAUUGAGGAACUUUACAAGAUUGUGGAGCAAUGUCUUGAAGAGUAUAACCAGACACAUAAGACACAGAUGAACUUGGUCAUCUUCAGAUAUGUACUGGAGCACUUGGUUCGCAUUAGUCGUAUCUUGAAGCAACCAGGAGGAAAUGCUUUGCUUGUCGGAGUUGGAGGUAGUGGAAGACAGUCUCUUUCCCGUUUGGCAGCAGCCAUUUCUGAGUUUUACGUGUUUCAGCCUGAGAUCUCCAAAAGCUAUGGUCUUCCUGAAUGGCGCGAAGACAUCAAGACACUGCUUAAAAGUGCAGGAUGUCAAAUGAAGCCAACAGUGUUCUUGUUGACAGACACUCAAAUAAAAGAGGAGUCCUUCUUGGAGGAUGUGGACAGCUUGCUUAAUACUGGUGAAGUUCCCAAUUUGUUUGCAGUUGAUGAGAAAGCUGAGAUCAAUGAGAGUGUUCGCCCUGCAGCCCAAGCCAAAGCUGACGACAAGAAUGCUGAAUUUUCACCUUUGGCAUUGUUUAAUUUCUUUGUAAAUUGUUGUAAAGGAAACCUUCACAUUAUGUUAUGCAUGAGUCCAAUUGGGGAUGCAUUCAGAAACCGACUCAGGCAGUUCCCAGCUCUGAUCAAUUGCUGCACCAUUGACUGGUUUCAGCCAUGGCCCGAAGAUGCCUUGGAAAUGGUAGCUAAUAAGUUCCUUCAAGAUGUGGAAUUGACGGAUAAUGAACGAAAAGAAGUUGUUCCAAUCUGCCAGUAUUUCCAUACAAGUGCUCGCCAUUUGUCUGAAAGGUAUCUUGAUAAACUUGGGCGGCAUAACUACGUGACUCCCACCUCAUAUUUGGAGUUGAUAUCUUCGCUAAAAACACUUCUGGGAAAGAAGCAAGAUGAGGUCAUGCGAAACAAACACCGCUAUGACGUUGGUCUGGAAAAGCUGGCAUUUGCAGCAUCUCAGGUAGCAGACAUGCAAAAAGAGCUAGAAGAGUUACAGCCCCAGCUUGUUGAGACAGCCAAGGAAAAUACUAAAAUGAUGAUAGUAAUUGAAAAAGAAUCAGCUGAAGUUGAGGCUCGUAGUGAACUUGUGAGGAAAGAUGAAGCAGUUGCGAAUCAGAAGGCAUCAGAGUCACAGGCCUUGAAGGAAGAGUGUGAAAGUGACCUUGCGGAAGCUAUCCCUGCUUUAGAGGCAGCCUUGGCAGCUCUGAAUACCCUCAAGCCAGCAGACAUAACAAUUGUGAAGUCCAUGGCCAAUCCUCCUGCUGGAGUGAAGCUUGUCAUGUCAGCUGUCUGUGUCAUGCGUGAUAUCAAACCUGAGAAAAUAAAUGAUCCCGCAGGAACUGGAAAGAAGAUCCUUGACUACUGGGGCCCAUCAAAGAAGCUUUUGGGAGACAUGAACUUUCUUAACAAUCUUAAAGAAUAUGAUAAAGACAAUAUUGCUGUGCAUAUCAUGAGUAAGAUCAGAAAAGAGUACAUACCUAACCCAGACUUCGAUCCACAAAAAGUGCGCACAGCCUCUUCUGCAGCAGAAGGGUUAUGUAAGUGGGUACAAGCUAUGGAAAUAUACGACAGAGUUGCUAAGGUUGUGGCACCAAAGAAAGCUAAUCUAGCCGAGGCAGAAGCAUCCCUGGCAGAAACUAUGAAAAUUUUGAAUGCUAAACGUGAAGAACUGGCUGAAGUGGAAGCUAAACUUGCCAAUUUGAAACUGACAUUUGCAGAGAUGACAGACAAAAAACAACAACUAGAGUUCCAGGUGGAUUUGUGUGGUAAGAAACUAGAAAGAGCAGAAAAGCUUAUUGGUGGACUCGGUGGUGAGAAAGAUCGCUGGUCAGCAGCUGCAGCUUCUCUUCAGGAUGUAUAUGAUAAUCUGACAGGAGAUGUUCUCAUCUCCUCGGGAGUCAUAGCUUACUUAGGAGCCUUUACAGCUGGCUUCAGAAAAGAGUGCACUCAAGAGUGGACCAAGAUUUGUAAGUCCAAGAACAUACCUUGUUCAGAUGACUUUUCACUCAGUAAAACGUUGGGUCAAGCCAUUAAAAUCAGAGCAUGGAAUAUAGCAGGCCUACCAACAGAUUCUUUCUCCAUUGAUAAUGGAGUCAUUGUGGAUAACACCAGGAGAUGGCCGUUGAUGAUUGACCCACAGGGGCAAGCAAACAAAUGGAUCAAGAAUUCUGAGAAAGAUAACCAACUCUCAGUGAUCAAAUUAACUGAUGCUGACUACAUUCGUACUCUUGAGAAUAGCAUCCAGUUUGGAAACCCCGUUCUUCUCGAGAAUGUAGGCGAGGAACUCGACCCAUCUCUAGAACCUCUGCUGCUAAAGCAGACCUUUAAACAAGGUGGGGUAAAGUGCUUGCGUUUGGGUGAAAGUGUGAUCGAGUAUUCUGAUGACUUCCGGUUCUAUGUUACAACCAAGCUGCGGAAUCCUCACUACUUACCUGAACUGUCCACAAAGGUUACAUUGCUCAACUUCAUGAUCACUCCUGAGGGCCUGGAAGAUCAACUGUUGGGAAUUGUUGUCGCCAAAGAAAGACCUGACCUUGAGGAAGAAAGACAGGCAUUAAUAGUGCAGAGUGCUGCCAACAAAAAACAGCUCAAGGAGAUUGAAGACAAGAUUCUAGAAACACUUUCCUCUUCUGAAGGAAACAUCUUAGAGGACGAGACAGCUAUUCAGAUAUUAGACUCAUCCAAGGUACUCUCGGAUGAGAUCUCAAAGAAGCAGAAGAUCGCAGAGGAGACCGAAACUAAGAUUAAUGAGUCACGACGUGGAUACAACCCGAUAGCAGCACAUGCGUCAGUUCUGUUCUUCUCUAUAACUGAUUUACCAAAUAUUGAUCCCAUGUACCAGUCGUCGCUUACUUGGUUUGUUAAUCUCUUCCUUAACUCCAUACAUGACAGCAACAAAUCGAAGAUCCUGGAGCGUCGAUUGCGCUACCUGAGUGACCACUUUACCUACAAUCUCUACUGCAACGUGUGUCGAUCGCUUUUUGAAAAAGACAAACUUCUUUUCUCUUUUGUGUUAUGCUGCAACAUUCUGAACUCAAAGAAUGAGAUGGAUAUGGAAGAAUUCAUGUUUUUCUUGACUGGUGGAGUAGGCCUGGAAAACAAGCUGGAAAACCCAGAUCCUUCUUGGUUGUCAGAUAAAGCUUGGGAUGAACUUUGUCGAAUGUGUGACUUGCGCGGCUUCAAGGAUUUUAGAAAAAGUUUUGUUGGUAAUACACACGAGUGGCGCAAGAUUUAUGAUAGUAAAGAACCUCACCGAGCUCCUUUUCCAGCUCCAUGGUCUGAACAACUAACUGAUUUCCAGAAGAUGAUGGUUAUUAGGUGCCUCCGGCCUGACAAGGUUGUGCCACUUGUAACGAAUUUCGUGGAAGAUAAGCUUGGAAGUAAAUUUGUGCAGCCUCCACCAUUUGACUUGGCCAAGAGCUACGUUGAUUCCAAUUCAUGUGCCCCACUUAUUUUUGUAUUAUCUCCUGGAGCUGAUCCCAUGGCAGGCCUGAUGAAGUUUGCAGCAGAUAAAGGUUUCAGUGGGGACAGAUUUAAUGCCAUUUCCCUCGGACAAGGACAGGGGCCUGUUGCCGCUCGUCUUAUAGAAAAUGCAAUCAAGGAUGGAACCUGGGUUGUGUUACAAAACUGUCAUUUAGCAGUGUCGUGGAUGACUUCACUAGAGAAGAUCUGCGAAGACUUGUCUCCAGACAACACUCAUCAAGACUUUAGGUUGUGGCUUACAAGUUAUCCCUCCGAUAAGUUUCCAGUUACUGUCCUUCAAAAUGGUGUAAAGAUGACAAAUGAGCCUCCAACAGGAUUGCGUCAGAAUCUCUUGCAGUCCUAUCUUUCUGAUCCAAUAUCUGAUGAAGAGUUCUUCAGUGGUUGUGGGGCUAAAUCUGCGGUCUGGGAGAAGCUCUUGUUUGGUUUGUGUUUCUUCCACGCUUUGGUUCAGGAAAGACGAAAGUUUGGACCCUUGGGCUGGAACAUUCCGUAUGGUUUCAACGAGUCCGACUUGAGAAUCAGCGUUAGACAAUUACAGAUGUUUAUCAAUGAGUACGAAGAAAUUCCAUUUGACGCCAUCACUUAUUUGACUGGGGAGUGUAACUACGGAGGCAGAGUUACUGAUGACAACGACAGACGGUGCCUUAUGAGUAUCUUGGCAGACUUCUACACCUCAGAGAUUGUACAUGAUCCUAAGUACAAGUUUUCACAAAGUGGUACUUACUACGCUCCUCCAAAAAGUUCCUACGAUCAAUAUGUUGAGUUUAUAAAGGAACUUCCCUUAUCCCAGACUCCCGAAGUUUUUGGGAUGCACGACAAUGUGGAUAUUUCCAAGGAGCUACAGGAAACCAAACAGCUGUUUGACUCCGUAUUGCUGACUCAGUCACAAAGUGGCGAAGGAGGGGCUGGCAAAAAGUCCGAUGACAUAUUGUUGGAGAUUGCUAAGGACAUCUUGUCCAAACUCCCUAAGAAUUAUGACUUGGAGGUGGCGCUGAAGAAAUAUCCAGUCACAUACGAAGAGAGUAUGAACACUGUGCUGGUUCAAGAAAUGGAGCGAUUUAACAAGUUGAUGUCAAUAAUCAGGACAAGUUUGCAAAAUCUUCAGAAGGCUAUAAAAGGCUUGGUGGUUAUGUCAUCAGAUCUGGAGGCAUUGGCGAGCAGCUUGCUAGUGGGAAAAGUACCCGAGAUGUGGAUGAAGAGAUCUUAUCCCUCUUUAAAACCUCUCGGAAGUUACAUCAAUGACUUUCUCGCCAGACUCAAGUUUUUACAGGACUGGUUCGACAAUGGAAAACCAGUUGUUUUCUGGAUAUCCGGGUUCUUCUUUACACAGGCUUUCUUGACUGGUGCAAAGCAGAAUUAUGCAAGGAAGUACACUAUACCGAUUGACCUGCUGGGCUUUGAGUUUGAAGUUCUUUCUGGAGACACGGCAGAAAAGCCACCUAAAGAUGGAGUUUAUGUACACGGUUUAUUUUUGGAGGGCGCUCGGUGGGAUCGUAAGAGAGGAUUGAUCGGUGAGUCAUUGCCAAAGAUUCUCCAUGACACGAUACCAGUUAUAUGGGUGAAACCAGGUAAAAUUGCCGAUUUUAAAGAUAGGCAGGAGUACAAGUGCCCAGUGUAUAAGACAAGUGAAAGAAGAGGAACUCUAUCAACGACGGGCCACUCGACCAAUUAUGUGAUGCCAGUGAUGUUACCUACUGACAAGCCUCAGAAUCACUGGAUCAAGAGAGGCGUUGCACUGCUUUGCCAACUCGAUGAUUAAUUGCGAAUCCCACUUGUCAAUUCGAAAUCGAGUUCGAGAGCAAAAUGUAAGAUAUUCAAAAAAUUGUGUAAAUGAUACUAGUUUUGUUGACAUAAUUCUUCCGCUUAACUUGAAUAAAGCUGUCAGUUUGUUUGAAAAA